UCAGCUCCGGAUCAGUUCAAGAUCGGUUGUUCGCUUGGUGGACACAUCUUCCUCGCCAAGACCUGUUCCUUUCCUAUCUCGUUGGUUGUCUAUUCGCUUACGUCAAAGCCAUUUAAUUGAACUUCAGUUGUUAAUGCCGCAAAACACAUGCAGUACUGUGGCAUCUGUCUCAUAUUGGAAGCGAAGUCUUCCUCAGCCCGCUCAUCAUGUCUGAACACACAUUGUCAGAAGUGCCCACAAGGAAGGACGAAAUGCCGCCAGACUUGUUGGCGCUGAAAACAUCCAACGCCGAGAAGGGUGUCAAUAUCAUUGCGCAGACCCCCAGCCGACCAUAUUCUUAUCGUGAGGAUGAGACAGUGUACGACCGCUUCACACCCGCCCACAAGGCAUUGAUCACAGCCAUCGUGUCAUUUGGCGGACUCGCCAUCAACCUGGCGGCCCUCCUCGUUCUGUCGGCCUUGCCCGAGGUAUCAGCUGCAUUCAACACAUCAGGAACCGUCAUCAACUUUUCCAACGCCCUCUUCCUGUUGAUGAUGGGCAUUGGUGUUCUUUUUUGGGGGCCAUUGUCACAGGUGUAUGGCAGAAAAUGGAUCUUCGUCACAUCGGCAGUACUAUUCUGCGCAUUCUCGUUUGCGACUGGGGUUUCUCCCAACCUUCCAGCUUUCUUUAUUUUCCGGUCCAUCACCGCAUUCGCUGGAACUUGUUUCCUCGUAGUCGGAUCAGCUUGCCUGAGCGAUGUGUAUCGACCGACUGAGCGUGGUACGGCCUUGGGAUGGUUCUUGGGCGGUACUCUGAUCGGCCCGGCCCUUGGGCCGUUCAUUGGAGGCGUUAUCAUAACAUUCUCGACUUGGCAAACCCUUUUCUGGUUUCAGGGUGCCGUAGGGGGCGUCGCCAUGGUCUUAUCUAUCGCUUUUCUACCGGAAACCACACACGGAAAGUGGUCAGAAGAGUUGGAGGGUUUGACGAUGAAGGAGAAGUGCGGCCAAAUUUGGGAGUGGGCGAAUCCAUUCCGGGUUAUUGCUUUGUUCAAGCACCCGAAAAUCUUAAUUGUGGGAGUGGCCGCAUCUUCAAUGAUGUGGAACAUGCAAGUCCUCCUGACACCGGUACGAUACGUCAUAAAUCCAAGAUUCCAUCUUACCUCCCCGUUGCAAUCGGGGUUCUUCUUUCUCGCACCUGGCGCAGGUUAUUUCGUCGGAACUUUCUUUGGCGGUCGAUACGCCGACAGAACCGUCAAACGAUGGAUCGCUAAACGGGGAAAGCGUGUGCCCGAGGACCGACUUCGAAGCUCAUUUGUCGCAAUGGGUGUGCUCAUUCCCGUUAGCAUCGUCAUUUAUGGAUGGGCAAUUGACCAAGCCAAAGGCAGCAUUCCUCUUCCCGUUAUCUGUAUGUUCGUGCAAGGUGUUGCUCAAAUGAUUUGCUUCCCUUCCCUCAACAGUUACUGCUUGGACGUCUUCCGCGAUAGAGCGGCAGAGGUAAUGGCUGGUAACUACUUUAUACGUUACACCUUUGCUGCUAUUGCUACAGCAGUAGCUCUCCCGGGCAUCGAUGGAAUAGGCGUGGGUUGGUUUUCGACUAUGAGUGCCCUGUUUGUUGCAGCCUCGAGUGUUGCUGUCUGCUGUAUUGUCAUUUUCGGCACAGGACGAAACAAGGUGGAAGAAAAGUCAGCACAAGCCUGAACGACUUGAGAUACGGUAAAACCAUUCAGGAAAAACUAAAUUUCCGUAUUAAUUUAAAUCUCGAUACUCGUCUACCAAUCAUCAUCAUCAAAAUAGCUCGUGUUUGUUCCAGAAUGGAAUAUAGGACUCAAAAAUAAACUCUAAAACAUCUGCAAGCCUCUGAUGAUAGUUUCGCUUGUGACUGAUCACUCACAGACCUUAUGUUCAUUGUUUUGAACGCCAAGUGUUUUAACCCAUAAUACAAGCACAAGAAGAUG